CAGAGAAACACUAAUUGCAUGUAGCAUUUUGUCUGUGUAAAUGCUUACGACCGAAACUAUUUAAUAUUCUAUUUUUACAAAUAAAGACCUUCAUUUUAUAGUGUAAUUCAUGCUAUUAUGAAUCAACAAAUAGUUAAAUAAAAUAUUCGUUAUGAGUGGAAGUGAUGCUUCAGUAAAAUUUGCAUUGUCAAAGGACCAUGACGGUUAUUUUAAAAGUGCUUUUGCAAAGGAUCUCAUUAGUAAUAAAUCGAACAAUAUGUACAAUUCUAGUGUUUCGUUAUUAAAUUCUGACGAUAUGGAUAUUGUGAGUGAUCCUGAAGAUAUUCAUGUGCAAUUUGGACUUCAGAAGACGCCGAAUUCAUUUAUAUGGCAGAAACAGUUGCAGUCCGAUUGUCGUUCUCUAUUAGAAGACAAUAGGAGAUCUUUGGGUUUGGCAAGAUUACCACAAGGCGAAGAGUUGGGAGGUAGAUUACAUACGUCUAUAUUGCAGUCUGAAGUAGAAUCUCUACGAUGGCGUUUGAAAGAGAGCGAGGAAAGUCGCAUGAUCUACAGGCGAUCUGUGCAGGAGCUAGUCCGCUUCCUAGAGCGCGCACAUUCGCGAAUGGGUUCGCUUGCGGCUCAUCUGGCGGGAGAUUCAGCGUCGACUGUCAACGGCGGGGACUCGCCACCCAGCACGACCGCCGCGAACAAUAUCAGCGGGAUUUCAUCGGACAGGAGAAAUUCUGAUGCGUUUACGCGGAGGCCGAGCGAAUCCUCGGACAAUAAUACUUCGCCGCCUUCUAAUAGAGAUUUUACAUGGCGUCGUCCUAGACGUGCAGUAUCUGUACCCCGCGAAUUAGACCCGGCACGCAUAGCUGAUGAAGCUUUACGCCUCCAUCGGCUGGCAACUUCUCUUCUUCAAACAGGAGCCCCUUGGCUAACUGAUAGCGGGAGCCAGCAUGACCCACACGAUUCCUUGUCAGAUCGACCUCUUUCGGCAGAUGACAGACAAAUUUUAUCAGAUGAUCAUCGACAAUUGACAACGGCUGACGAUAGAAGGUUACCGGCUAUAUGUUGUGGAACGUCGACUCCGGAGCGAAGACAAAGCAGCUCUUCAUCAGCAUCGUCGAUAGGGUCGUCUGUAACAGCUCACCCAACGUCCAACAGCAGUUUAUCGAGCGCAUUCACCCGCGUGGGCAGCUUACAGAAAUCGCGCCUUUCCUCAUCCGAUGAUUCCAAUUCGACGACCUCCAAGGAUGGUGAUUGUCGUUUGGUCAGAGCUUCAAUCCAUAUCCCUGCCAGUAAAAAAGACUUCGUCCGUCGCCUGGGUUCUGGUAUUCCUUUAGGCAGUGGAAAGCUCAUCCGCGGCUGCAGUCCGAGUGUUGGCGUGAGUAAUGCAACGAAUAAUGGAAGCAUCAUCCUCAUCAAGUUCUACUGAAAAUGAAAGUGGUUU